GUCACGUGAUCAAAACACCACCGCGAAUCAUUUAAGUUCAUGCAGAGGAUACGGAAUGAAAGAGAAUUGUUCGCUCAUUUUAAUCCUUAACUAACGCAUGAGUUAACUAAAUGACAGCUGGGAUAAGAAGUGAAUCUAACAGGCUUGUAUCCGCUUGGUUUUAAUGAUUAUUUUAAUAGAGAUUCAUAAUAAGCUGACGGUUGCUGGAUAAGCGCUUGGGAUCAGUCACUAUGGAAACUGGGUAACAAAAGUUGACCAGUCUUCGCUAAUGAGUGACUGACCAUGCGCUUACAUGUUAAACUUUUUAUUAAAAACAUUCACUAAUUAUGUUUUAUGUUGUCUUUGAGUUUUGUCAGAUUCGGUCUGCAUUGCAUAAAUCACUAACAUUAGACGUAACGAUAACAUUGUUUUUAAUAGUCGAAAAUAAUUAGGAUGGACGGCCUAUUUGCUGGUCUCUUGAGAUAAAUGUAAAUUACAGUAACGUUAAACAUCUUAUGAGUGUAAAAUGAAAAGAGGUUUUCAGAUGCGCAAACAGUCUCCAAUAUUGGGAACCAAAAUUUCCAAGAGCCCCCAAAGCAAACCUGUGACUCCCAACACAACCUCAUUGCCUGAAGCUGAGGAUGGAGGUCCGAGAGAAGAGCCCAGUGAUGAAGACAAAAGGCAAUAUAAGGGAACCAGAUACAUCACAGAAGAUCUGAUCAGGAGAGUGACUAAAUGCGAAAAUGUAGUUCUUGUGCGGACCCUGGAUCUGUCUAUGGCAAUGGGGAGCAACCAUCAAUUUAGGUAUAUAGAAAAUUUGGAUAAGUGUGAUCGCCUGCAGGUCCUCAACCUCAGCAACAACAGGAUUGAGAGAAUUGAGAAACUAGAGAAACUGUGUCAGUUACGGGAGCUUCACCUUUCCAGAAACAGAAUACAUAAAAUUGAAGGUCUGGAACACAUGACAAAACUUCAGGUUCUGAAUUUAGCAUUCAACAACAUUGAAGAUCUCCCAGUUUGGUUUGGAAAGAAGCUCAGAUCCCUUCAGACCGUCAAUCUACAGAGCAACAAUAUAUCCUCACUUCAUGAGCUGGCUAAACUGAAGCCGCUGAACAACUUGACGUGUCUAACAUUAGCCGGAAACCCAGUCUCCAGUCUGGCCCACUAUCACCUCUUCCUAAUCUUCAAACUGAGGUCACUGGAAAUAUUAGAUGGACAACAAAUCAGUCCACAAGAAAGAGAGCAAGCACAUCAACGCUUUCACAUGGAGGAAGUGGAGCGUUUGGAGCAAGAGCUGGAGUUGAGAGCCGAGGAGAUAGAUCGGCUUCAGAGAGAGAGAACCAUAGCACUGGAACAACUGGAACAGCAGGAAACAGUCAACCAAAACCUGAGGCAGCAGAAUCAGGAUCAACAGCACAGCCAUGAGGAGCUCAAGAGAGAACUGGACACCAAGUCUGAACUGCCUCCACAUCACACUCCUCUGCUGGAUUCUCUGUGUCAGCUGAAGCAGAAAACUGUGGAAUUGACCCAGGCCUGUCAGAAACACUAUGAGCUCGAGCAGGAGUUGGCCUUUCACAAAAUAGAUGUCAAGUUUGAACCUCUUCCUUUUUAUCCAGACCCUGAGGUGGAGGUAGACAACCUAAUAAGUGAGAGUCCGUACAUUGGAAAGUCUCGUCAGAAAAGAAACAUCAAAUUCCCAUCAGAGACUGAGAAUACUGGCACACAAGGCCAGCAGAAGCAUCCGCCAGCCUCAGACCUGACAGAGACCGAUAGCCCAGGAGAUUACAUGUCCAGACAUGCCCAGCUCGCAGCUGAAAUGAAAUUACAGCAGUUACAUAAAGAAAUUGAGGCAAGAGAGCAGCAGAUCCUUACAGCCAGUGAAGAGCUUCGGCAGCUAGAGGAUGCAGUUUCCCAGAGACGGAUCAGUGAGGCUGAGAAGGAGCAGCUCAGACAGGAGCUUCAGAGGAGGAUACAGAAUCUUGGAGAGCUGAGAGGAGAGAUGGAGGCUGUGGAGAAACAGCUGGACAGGCUGAAUGCUGAGAGGAAUCAAGCUCAGGAUGAAAUGGAGCAGCUGCAGAAUCUGCUGCACAGCCUGGAUCCCAGUGACCCCAAACAUACCCAUGUGAAGGCUCAGUUGUCCAGGAAGUCACAGCUGCUGGCCAUCAUGAGCAGAAAGCACCAGGAGCUGGAGCGCAGGCUGGAUGACAUGAUCACACGCAUCCACAAGGAGACCGAGGAGAUCAAAGAUCUGGAGCAGCAGCUUACUGAUGGUCAGAUAGCUGCUAAUGAAGCGCUCAAACGUGACCUUGAGGGCAUCAUCUCAGGUCUUCAGGAGUAUCUGCGCGGUGUGAAGGACCAAGCACGGAGAGCCCAAUCAGAUUGCAGACGUCUACAGAGGGAAAAAGACACUCUGCAGCACCUCUUAGACAUGAAGGAGCAGGAAUUCACACAGCUGGAGAAUAAAGCCCUGAGUGCUGAAAUCACACAGAAGGAGCUGGAGCUACAGAAGCAGGAGUUUGACAAUCUGAUGAAGGAGAAUGAAGAACUGAAACGAGCACGAGGACAGGUCAGUGAAUAUGAGGCAGAGCUGGAGAGCCAACUACAGCAGAGAGAUACUGAAGCCACACAGCUGAAGGAGGAGCUGGACAGACUGCGUCGACUCACUCAGAUGGAACACUCUGCGCUGCAGGCAGAGCUGCAGAAAGAACGACAGGCAAAGGAGAACGCUUUAGCACAAGUGCGCAUGGCUGCAGACAAAGAGCUUGAGAACACACAGCUUCUGCAACAGAUCAACGCUCUCCAGGAGGAGAGAGACUGUCUAAAGGAGGAAGUAGAAGCUUUUCAGGAUGAUUUAAAUAGCGUUCGGGAGCAGCUUCUGUGCCCUGAGAGUGUUGCUAGACAUUUAGGAGAGCUGAGAAGAGGCAUAACUACAGGACAAAAGGAAUUAAGCUUUGAAGACCUCGGGGAACCAGUGAACAAAAAAUUCAUGGAGUUACAACAGGAGGUGCAUCGUGUAGUAUCUGCGGCUCAGAGAGAUAGAGAUGAGGCUCAGCGCUGUCAGGAUAGGCUCACUGGAGAGAUGAGCUCACUCAGAGAAAGACUCAGGAAGUACCAAGAGAGACAUCAGACUCAGACAACAGAGAGACGUGGUGAAGAAGCGGAGCUCCAUAGAUUGAGGGAAGAGCUGGAAGAAGCUCGUGAGCAGCACUACUUGAUGGCGCAGCGUUUAGAGGAGACAGAGAUCGACAGGGACCGUAUACUUGGAGAGUUAGAGGAACAAGAUAAACAGAUGAACGCUGAGAAAACCCAGACUCAAGAGCAGCUGGAGUCUCUCAAUCUAGAGAUGCAGGCUCUCCGGAGAUCUUUUUCCUCUGCUGACAGACAGGCUGCCCAACAGCUGAUCACAGCGAAGGACAAGCUUCACUCUCUUCAUAGCACUGUAGAGAAAAUCAAUCUGGAAAGAGCAGCGAAUGCAGAGGAGUUACAGAGCACCAGGAUUCAGGCUGCCCAAGCCAUUCAAGACUUGACUAACGCUGAAGCAGAAAUCCAGGUCCUCCAGAAGCUUCUGAGUGAUAGGGUUCAAGAGACAGAUGGGAAUCUCCAUGGUCUCCAAAACUCUCAAAUUCAACAGGAAGAAUUGGACAGAUUAAACCAAGCCCUGAAAAGACAACAAGCUCAAACUAAACGUCUCCGAGAUCAGCUAGCGCAAGCCAAAGGAGCUAACAACAUAAAUCUAGAUGAGCUGCUGGAAGAGAUUGGAGCCCUGAAGGAGACUCUUCUACAACAGAAUAACUUCCUUUCCAGUUUAGGAGAUCCUUCACCAAACACUGGAUAUUGGUAUUAUGUACCCUCAAAUCAACAUGCCCCUAGUUUGGGAUCUCAGGGCACACAAGACUCAGGAUUAGGUUCUGUGCACCCUCACUCCCCCGAGAGGAACCGGCGGUCCGGCAACAGAGCAUGCAGAGAGAGAAGACCUCCUGCUAAUGGAGGAUACUGGGUCUAUUCUCCUAAUCCUUACUCUCAUGGAAAGAGAGAUGCUCAGGUGUCCAGAGACAGUGGAAGAGAGAGUGACAUGGAGGGAACUCGCUUCACACCUUUAUCUGCUCCUGCUGGAUUUACUCUACAUGAUAGCACUGCUUUUCCUCCUGGUUCAUUUAUUUACAGUCAUUCUGUUCCGGGGCUUCCCAUUGGAGCCAGCACAGUCCUCUAUGGGCCUCCUCCUGAUCCAGCGAGGCUGGUUUAUGGACCUCCUCCUGCAAAUCUGACUGUUCCCCUGGUACCCAGUGGGACGUUGCACUGUAAUGUGCCUGGACAUCAGGACUUGGAGCGAGAUCUGAAGAAGGCAGAGCGUAGGCUGAGAGAGGAGUGUGCAGACAGAGCUCACAGUGAACAAGAACAGCACACACUGCAGGACAAAACAGCAGAGCUACAGCAGGAAAUCAAGCAUCUGCGCAGGACUGUCCGCACACUGCAGCGCCACACGAGUGGUCUGGAAAGCACUUUAUCACAUGCAGAAGAAGAGCAGUGUGUGCUGGGAGAGGUGGAGUGUUUGGAGAAGACCCUGCUGAAGCGCAGAGCCGAGCUCAGAGAGGCUGACCGACGGCUGCUGGAGGCUGAUGCACAGCUUAAAAACACUCAAACCAAGACUGAAGAAAACAUUCAUCACUAUAAUGAGGCCAAAAAGAGAAUGGAAGAGACAGAACGAGAGCUGGCAGAGAUAGAAAAGAGAGCUCAAGACAGUGGAAAACUUCUAGUGCAAAGCAAACAACAGCUGAGGAGUCUUCAAGAGGAGGUUAUGACGCUGCAGAAAAGGAAAGAGGACAAGGAACGCUCUCUACAUGAUGCUGAGGAGGUCCUUACAUGUCAUGAUUCAAAGUUUCAAGACGUUAGCAGAAAGCUGGAGAGAGCGAAUGACAGACUGGAAAUUGCCGAGAAGGAGCUCCGAGAGACGCAGAGCAUGGAGGUGAAACUGUUGCAGAGCUGCAGAGAGAUGGAAAACAGCCUAGCACAGCGCAAAACAAAACUGGAUGAAGUCAACACUCAGGUGAUGUUGCAGCAGAAGGAGCUGUCUUUGCUGGACAGGAAGCUGGAGCAGUGGAAACGGGAAGAGGAAGUGUUGAGAGUUAGUGUGGAGCAGCACAGGCAGGCCCUGCUGGAUGUGCUCAGACAGGGAGAGGAGGAUGCGAAACUCUUGCAACAACGUGUUCAGGAGCUCCGUGUGGAUGUGCAUUCUCUGGCCGUGCAGAAGGGAGAGCUGGACUCUCAGCUGUCUGAGAGGAAAACCAGGCUGGCACAGUUGAAGAAAGACCAGCAGCAGGAAGAGGAAACCUUGCAGAGCCUUCGCUCAGUCAUCAAAAAACACAAAGCAGAGCUGGCACGCAUGUUGGAAAUGAUCCAGCUGGAAACUGGAGAAUUAGAGGAUGUGAAGCUUCAAUGUAACCAGAAACUGGAGCAACUAGAGAAGAGCCAGGAAACUCUUCUGCAGGUGCGUGUGGAACUGCAGUGUGUGCAGCAGGAGCUUCAGGAGCAGCGUGAAGAGGCUGAGAGACAGAUGGAGAAAGACAGAGUAGAGCUGCACUCGCUCCAGCAGAAGAGCCUCCACCUGCAACAGCAAACAGAGGCAGCAGUUCAAGAGAGGAGCAGCCUGCAGGAACAGUGCCGAAACCUGGAGGCCAGACGCACACAUGCUCAGAGGUGUUUGGAAGCAGCAGAGACGAGGACGAGUGAAGCAGAAACUGAGCUUCUUAGAGUGCAGGCAGAGCUGAACAAACUACAGCAGGAGCUAAAACAAACACAAGACCUGCAUCUGGAGAUCAGCAGAGACAAUGUUGCCGUGCAAAAGCGGCAUGAGGAGGAACUGAGCAAACUCAAGAAACAGCUAGUGGACUCUCAGACUCUUGUAGAUGAGGUUAGAGAGGAAGGGAAGUCUGCACGAAAGCAGUGGGAAGAGCUUGUGAAGAAACAAAAAGAGCUAAAGGCUGAGCUGAAGGAGAGAGAGGAGAAGAUCAGGAGGAGACAACAAAAGAUGGAGCGAAUGGAGGAGCAGCUGCAGGAGCUCAAGGCGGAAAUAUCUGUGAAGCAGACACAGCUUGAAGACCAUGAAAAGCUGAUGAGGGUUCAGCAGCAGCAGAGCACUGAUCUGGAGCAGCAGCUCAGGCUGAAGGAGCAGAAGCUGCAGGCAGUAGAGAGAGCUCUGGUCCUAAAGCUGGAGCGCAUGGAGCAGCUGACGGUCGCAGACCUGGACCUGCAGGGGGAGUACAAGCACUGCACUGCACUUCAACAGCAGGUGGAUCAACUGGAGCAGGAGCUGUGUGAGCGGGACGCCAGACUCCAGCAGGCUUUUAAAGACACCCAUCGCCUGCAGGAGACUCUGCUGUCUGAAAAGACUAACCACAGCCACACAAAUAGGUCAAACCUGCAGAGAGUGGAAAAGGAUCGCGUGCGUCUCCAAAGUGACCUGCUGACUAUCGAAAAAUCUGCCCAAGAAAACCACCAACAAGCCAGAACACUACAAAAACAGCUCGGCACCAUUUCCCAAGAGCUCCUCAGCCUCAAAGACACAGUUCAAACACUGCAGAAGCAGGAGGAGGAGAGCAGUAGUGCAUUCUGGGAGAUCAACCGCAGCACAGCGGAGCUCGAGACGCCCUCUAGUGCCUCCUCAGACACUGACAGCCUGAAAGAGAACCGGCCUGCUGUUACACUCUCCAUGGGGAAUCCGGCAUACAACACUGAAGAUGAACAGUGGCGAGGAGAAGCGCUGAGAGAGAGACUGAGGCAGCAGGAGGACCACCUGAAGGUUCAGCUGCGCAGACGCAUGUUCUCCCAGCAGGAGGCUCUGAGUCAGCGAAGACUGCAGACCGAGGGCAGCAUUCAGGGCCUGCGCAGACGCGUGGACAAACUAGACCAGCUCCUCGGCAGCUCUUCCAAAGACUGCUCUUAUCUGUCUGACCAGGAACUUCUGCCAAAACACACCAAUGGACGAGAUCGGAAGAAAUGGUCCGCUGAUCCUUUUGAAUUGAAAUAAGCAUUCAUUAGCACUUUACUUCACAUACAUGAAAGGAAAAAGUCCCAUUAUUUCUGUCAGAUUAUGAAAGGAGAUGCAGUCAGAGGAGCAGUUUGAUUCUGCAGGUACCAGAAAGAGCACUGAGGCUGGAUAUACUACAGCUUAAAAAAGAAAAUAGUUGACCGUCGAUUUCCCGCUACAAAUAGGGAAGCUGAAACCUGAGGUAAAAUGAAGAUGGAAGUUUAUUCUCUACCUCUGAUUUGGUGCCUUGUGAAAUAUUUUUUUUUUACAAAAGUGUGCCUUUGAACUGCUUGCUCAUGGUAAAGUAGUGGGUGUUCUGAGUGUUUACAGGUGAAACGGACACUUGAAGGAAGGUUUCGGGUUUCACCUUAUCGUAACACUCAUUGUGAACUGCGGGGACAAAACCCCGAAUGCCCUUCGGAAUCAAUGUUCAUUUUUACAUUGUUGUCACAAAUUAACGUGUAUCCAAUGCCAAGAUAUGCAGAGUAUUUAUUACAGCACUUCUUUAUAUACACUUUGUAUUCAGAUAUGUGCAAUACAAUGAGUUUUCUAUCUUCUCGUC